UUCGUGUGGCGUGGGGGCUUCUGGGAAAUGUAGUCUCUGGCUGGGCCCCGGGUCCGCGGUGUUCCGCACACCCAGCAGCGGUGACAGCUCAGGAGGGGCCAGCAUGGACCAGUCUGUGGCGAUCCAGGAGACCCUGGCUGAAGGGGAGUACUGCAUCAUCAUAUCCUUCCCUGCGGUGCAGGGAGCGCUGUGUGAGGGAGAGAGCAGGCGGAGCCGCCUCCUGGGACUCGUGCGCUACCGCCCGGAACGCGGUGGCGAGGAACAUGCUCUCUUCCUGUACACACACCGGAGGAUGGCCAUUACCGGGGACGAUGUCUCCUUGGACCAGAUCGUGCCGAUCUCUCGGGAUUUCGCUCUGGAAGAAGUGUCCCUGGAUGGUGAAGUCUACUUUCUUGGCUCAGAUGUCACCGUCCAGCUGGACACAGCGGAGCUCAGCCUCGUAUUCCAGCUCCCCUUUGGUUCACAAACCAGAACGUUUCUCCAGGAAGUCGCCAGGGCCUGUCCAGGUUUCGACCCCGCGGCCCUGGAUCCUAAGUUUCUGUGGCUGUCUCGAUACAGGCGCAAGGAGCCGGAGCCCGAGUCGCCCACGCCGCGCGGCUGGAAGUCAGCCGCGGGCACCCGGCCCGGGCGUGCUAUAAUUGGCGGAGGUGAUUCUUCCUUUGAUGAGUCGAGACCAGAUGGGAAGGGUCUGCUUGUGGACCGAAGCUCCCGGGGUCAGGAUAAACCAGAAAACUUGCUCCCAAGACAGAAUAAGUCCAAAUCUGAAAUAACUGACAUGGUUCGCUCCUCCACUGUCACAGUAUCAGACAAGGCUCAUAUUUUAUCCAUGCAGAAGUUUGGACUGCGAGAUACAAUCGUGAAAUCACAUCUAAUGCAGAAAGAAGAGGAUUAUACCUAUAUCCAGAACUUCAGGUUUUUUGUGGGAACAUACAAUGUGAAUGGACAGUCCCCUAAGGAGUGCCUCCGGCCCUGGCUCAGCCAUGGUAUCCAGGCCCCAGAUGUAUACUGUGUGGGGUUCCAGGAGCUUGAUUUGAGUAAAGAAGCCUUUUUCUUCCAUGAUACCCCAAAGGAGGAAGAGUGGUUUAAAGCUGUAUCAGAGGGUCUUCAUCCAGCUGCCAAAUAUGCAAAGGUAAAGCUCAUCCGACUGGUUGGGAUUAUGCUGCUGUUAUAUGUCAAACAGGAGCAUGCAGCGUACAUCUCCGAAGUGGAAGUUGAGACGGUGGGGACAGGAAUCAUGGGGAGGAUGGGUAACAAAGGAGGUGUGGCAGUCCGGUUCCAGUUUCACAACACCAGCAUCUGCGUUGUCAAUUCCCACCUGGCAGCCCACACGGAGGAGUAUGAGAGGAGGAACCAAGACUACAAAGACAUUUGUUCUCGAAUGCAGUUUCGUCAGGUUGACCCAAGCCUACCCCCUCUCACCAUCAGCAAGCACGAUGUGAUCUUGUGGCUGGGGGACCUCAACUACAGAAUAGAAGAGCUGGAUGUGGAAAAAGUGAAAAAGCUCAUCGAAGAGAAAGCCUUUCAAACCCUGUAUGCGAAUGACCAGCUGAGAGCUCAGGUGGCUGCAAAGGCUGUCUUCGAAGGCUUCAGCGAGGGUGAGCUCACGUUCCAGCCCACCUACAAGUAUGACACUGGCUCUGACGAUUGGGAUACCAGCGAGAAGUGUCGUGCUCCCGCCUGGUGUGACCGGGUCCUCUGGAAAGGGAAGAACAUCACUCAGCUGAGCUACCAGAGCCACAUGGCCCUGAAGACCAGCGACCACAAGCCCGUCAGCUCAGUGUUUGACAUCGGGGUGAGGGUCGUAAAUGAAGAGCUUUAUCGGAAGACUCUGGAGGAGAUUGUUCGCUCCUUGGAUAAGAUGGAAAAUGACAACAUUCCUUCUGUGUCCCUCUCCAAGCGAGAGUUCUGUUUUCAGAACGUGAAGUACAUGCAGCUGCAGGUAGAGUCCUUUACCAUUCGGAAUGGACAAGUACCGUGUCAGUUUGAAUUCAUCAACAAGCCUGACGAAGUGUCUUACUGUAAGCAGUGGCUGAGGGCCAACCCCAGCCGAGGGUUCCUCCUGCCAGAUUCUGCCAUUGAGAUUGAAUUGGAGCUCUUUGUAAAUAAGACCACAGCUACAAAGCUCAACUCGGGUGAAGACAAAAUCGAGGACAUUCUCGUUUUACACUUGGACAGGGGAAAGGAUUACUUUUUGUCUGUGUCUGGGAACUACCUGCCUAGCUGUUUCGGAUCGCCCAUUCACACGUUGUGCUACAUGAAGGAGCCAAUCUUGGACCUGCCGCUAGAAACCGUUAGAGAGCUGACUCUGAUGCAACUUCAGACUGAAGAUGAUGGGAGCCAGUUGGAAAGACCCAUGGACAUCCCCAAAGAGCUCUGGAUGAUGGUUGAUUACCUGUACCGAAAUGCCAUCCAGCAGGAAGAUCUGUUUCAGCAGCCAGGCCUGAGGUUGGAAUUUGAGCAUAUCAGGGACUGUUUGGAUAGUGGAAUGAUUGAUAAUCUCUCUGCUAGCAAUCACUCCGUAGCCGAAGCCCUGCUGCUUUUCCUGGAGAGCCUGCCAGAGCCCGUCAUCUGUUACAGCGUCUACCACAACUGCUUCGAGUGUUCUGGCAACCUCACAGCAAGUAAACAGGUCAUUGCUACCCUUCCCGCGUGCCACAGAAAUGUCUUCAUCUACUUGAUGGCGUUUUUGCAAGAACUGCUGAAAAAUUCAGCAAAAAAUCAUUUGGAUGGUAAUAUUCUAGCUAGCAUAUUUGGUAGCUUACUGCUUCGAAACCCAGCUGGUCACCAAAAGCUUGAAGUGGCAGAGAAGAAGAAGGCUCAAGAAUUUAUUCACCAGUUCCUCUGCAACUCACCCUGAGCCUGUCCAUCUCCUCUCCUAUUCUGCCUGAGGCAGCCAAUUACCAGCCCCACCUGUUUCAGCUCCAGAGCUGCCCUAAGAGCACGUGAGCCCACUGGGAUGCCAGAGUGGCAGCUGCCUGUUUCCUGAGCCCAGACUGCCCUCCCCACCAUGACUGUCACACUCAAUGCUGCUGCGAGUUGUGAAGACAUGACGGGAAAUCCACCACAAUAAAACUGACAUUCAGCAUUCAAAUUUAGUUAUUUAACAGAUAGAUCUUUUUUUUUUUAAUGUUUAAACAACUGUACUUCUUGUGCUCACUCAACCUGCCUCCAGGGCAUAUAGUGCCUUCCCUGUAGCUUGGGCCGGGCUCCCCAUGAUCAGAUAUUUGAACAAACUUUGGAGUCCUGAAGGAUGAAUGAGUUGGACGGCAAGAAUGCAAAUGGAAGCUGCUGGAUAAAGAGGCCACAGCCACCCCAGAUGCUUCCAGCUCUCUGUCUGAGGACAUGUGUUUACACAUAUUGCAAACCCUACCCCCCUUCCCACUCAGAUACGGCUCAACAACUCUGGAGCUGGCCACUCAGCCUCCGAGGGCAAUGCAGUGGCUUGAAAAUGAAAAUAUUGAAGAAAUUGGUGUUCUGGUGAAACAAGUGGAAUUUUCUGGGCCAACAAAUCCUCCAAACUGUAUAUAAUGCAUCCCCUCUCUUAUAUGUGUAAUAUAUUUUAAUGAUAAAUGUAUUUUUAACAGUG